CGGUUGCGCUGUUCGGCAUUAAAGAGAAACGAGCGCGUGAGAAGCUGAGGCAGCUAGUCGGUGAAAUCUACGCCAGCAACAAAAACAACAGCAAUAAUCAGUGUACAUGUGCAAAAGUUUAUUGUCGCGGUUGGUCUUUCAUAAAAUCAACGAAAAUAAACAACCUUAGUCAUAGUAUUGAGAUGUAUUUAAGCGGGGCCACCAAACAAAGAAGAAUCGCGAAUUAGAGGCACAAAAGUGCUAAGAAUAGAGAAUCGAAAGAAAAAGUGACAAACAAAACAGAACAAAAUCCCAUAAAACGCGUGCCCCAGACACGAAAACAAAAUCAAACGAAAAGAAAAUACAAAAGGCUCCAUUGUUUAGUGCAUGUGUUUGUAUGCAUGUACUAUACGUAUACGUGUGUGACACAUGUGAUACUAAAAUACCGUUCGUACAUCUGUUAUAAAUUGAGGUCAAGUGGCAACUGGGAAUACCUGUGCGUGCCGUGAAACACAGAGAAAUUGAGGGAAUAAACAAAGCGGAGCAGAGGAAGCACCUGGGGCCUCAAUUAUGACACAGCAGUUGUGUCGCAGUCGACUAAUCUGCUGCCUCAUCGUGGCACUUGGUGUGCUCGGUGUUGCUCAUGCGCUGCCCUUUCUCUACACAAAUGCACGUCCCCCAUUGAAUUGGACUCAGCCAGUCGAUGAGUGGAUUGUAGAAGCCCAGCCCCGCAGCAUAAGUCCCCACAUAGAGCUCAAGACUUUUGCCAAUCGGACAAACAGUGAGCCCUCAGAGAGCGAUGACGAGUUUUUGGAGCGACUUCGGCAAAUGAAACGCAAUCGUACUUCACCACGCAUGCUCUGGUAUGACACAUCAGUGGGCGAUGGUCUAGUAUAUCCACCCUUCGUGGAUAAGGCACUGAAGCUAUUCAAUCUGAAGCAGGUUGCUUUUGAGAUAGAGAACAGCGUUAUGUCGAAGGUAUCGUGCACUGCCUGCAAGGCGGGGGCGGGUUUGCUCCAGCACUACAUCAAGGCGGGAAAAACGGAGGCCGAGAUCAUGAAGAUGAUCUACCAAUUCUGCGUCAAUCUCAACAUACAGAGCCCAAGGGUUUGCGAGGGCGUCUCACAUCUGUUUGGCAGCGAGGUCAUUUACGUGCUCCAGCGUGUCAACUUGGGCCCCGAUGAAAUUUGCAGCUUCGUCAUAGGCGAUGGCUGUGGUGACGUGUACAACCCGUACCAUGAGUGGGAGGUCGUAUUUCCACCAGUUCCCAAGCCCCCUGUAUUAGCCGAGCUGCCUAUACCUAAAGAGGCGGCACCAUUCUUCAAAGUGCUGCACAUCUCGGACACGCACUACGACCCCCACUAUGUGGAGGGCUCCAAUGCCGAUUGCAACGAGCCCCUGUGCUGUCGCUUGAGCAGCGGUAGGCCGGCCAACCCUAAUGCGGCGGCGGGAAAAUGGGGGGACUACCGUAAGUGUGACACGCCCAAGCGCACGGUGGACAACAUGUUGUCCCACAUCGCAGACACCCACAAAGAUAUUGACUAUAUAUUGUGGACCGGAGACUUGCCACCGCACGAUGUUUGGAACCAGACGAAAGAGGAAAAUCUGGAAAUCAUCAAGGAGACUGUGAGACAAAUGACGGAGAUGUUCCCGGGCGUACCCAUUUUUCCUGCACUGGGCAAUCACGAAAGCGCGCCGGUCAACAGCUUUCCGCCUCCCUAUGUCAAUCAGGUGGACAUAUCCAUCAAUUGGCUAUACGAUGAGCUGGACGUGCAGUGGCGUCGCUGGCUGCCGCAAAGUGUAUCGCACACCGUUCGCCGCGGAGCCUUCUAUUCGGUUCUGGUUCGACCCGGAUUUCGAAUUAUAUCUCUGAACAUGAACUAUUGUAAUAACAAGAACUGGUGGUUACUCCUUAACUCUACAGAUCCCGCAACGGAGCUGCAAUGGUUCAUAUACGAAUUACAAAGUGCCGAAUUCUCCAAUGAAAAGGUGCACGUCAUCGGCCAUAUUCCUCCAGGGCACUCGGAUUGCCUCAAGGUGUGGUCGCGCAACUUUUACAGAAUCAUUUCUCGCUAUGAAAACACUAUAACAGCGCAGUUCUAUGGCCAUACGCACUACGAUGAGUUUGAAAUGUUUUACGAUCCACAUGAUCUGACGCACGCCAACAGCAUUGCAUAUAUUGGACCCUCCGUAUCCCCAUAUUAUGAUCUGAACCCUGGGUAUCGCAUUUACUAUGUGGACGGCGAUCAUGAUACCACGACUCGAUUGGUGAUCGACCAUGAAUCUUGGAUUAUGAAUCUCAAGGAGGCCAAUCUCUAUGAUUAUCCCAUAUGGUACAAGCUUUAUUCAGCGAGGGCCGCUUACAACAUGAAAGCUUUGCGACCCGCAGAUUGGGAUGAUCUGAUAAACGAGCUGACCAACAACCAGGAGCUUUUCGAUCUGUAUUACAAAAAUUACUGGAAAAACUCACCGGCACGGCCAACCUGUGAUGCGGAAUGCAAGAAACGUCUGCUUUGCGAUUGCAAGAGCGGCCGUUCCCAUGAUCGCAAGCAUUUUUGCGCAGAUGUGGAAUCCAAGAUAGACGAGGGCUCUUCAAAGUCUUGGAAGUCAUGGUUCUAUCGUGGACUGAGCAAUUCCUACAGUUUGCUCUCCUCGAUAACCUAUUUGCCCAAAUACCUGCUGGGCUAUGGUUGAAUGCGUCCCCCUCCAGCAGCCAACGAGUCAAGUCAAUGCAAUCGAAUCAGUGCAAGUACAUACGCGUACGCAUUAAGUUUUCUGUGUGAUAAUUAGCAAUUAAACUAAAUAAGAAUCUUUCUACUUUUACACUCUUUACACACAUACUGGUACUUUGCAUACAAAUGUUAUGUAUAUAAGUAUUUCCAUAGGUGUUAACUUAAUAAGUAUUACAAGUACUCUUCAGUUAUUUCAUCGUCUACGUCUUUGCUUUCCCGUUACAUCAAGCCGAGUCAGUGAACAAUAGUCAUUAAAUUAGUCGAGUGCGAGUUGCCGAGUUGGUCGCCUAGAUAUUCAGGCAUCCCGGCGUGGCCGUAGCACAAUGGAAACCGUUACACAAAAUACUUGUUAAUUUCGUAAAUAGGUUACUCUAGCUUUAGUCCUUAACUAAAUGUAACUAUAUUGUAUUCAUUAUGAAAAGAUUAAAAUUCAUAUC